GAAGUGGUGUCCUGUGGUUUGUGUACAAUCGGAACUGGUGAAUCUACACCUUGUGGUACAGUUAGAGUAGUUCGCUUCCAACGUUAGGUGGCUACGCUAACGUUAGCUACAACAUCGCGGUGAUUUAGGUGAAAUCUCUCUCUGUCGACAGCGGGCACAGAAAGGUGUUUUCGAUUGGUGUACAGAGACCGUGCUGGUUGACAAAGAGACAUGUCUCCCUCGGUGCGGCUGCAGGAGAUGAUCCGGGUGAUCCGCGGUGCCCGGACACAAGGCGAGGAGCGGGGGGUGAUCCAGCGGGAGUGUGCCGCCAUCCGGGCGCAGUUCCGCCAGGCGGACACCGGGGGGCGCUCUCACAACCUGGCCAAGCUGCUCUACGUGCACAUGCUGGGCUACCCCGCCCACUUCGGCCAGAUGGAGUGUGUGAGGCUGAUAGCCAGCCCGCGGUACAGUGAGAAGAGGGUGGGGUACCUGGGGGCCAUGCUGCUCCUGGACGAGAAGCAGGACGCCAGCCUGCUCAUCACCAACUCCAUUAAAAAUGACCUGGCACACAGCAGUCAGUAUGUGCAGUCUCUGGCUCUCUGCACGCUGGCCUGCAUGGGCUCCGCUGAGAUGUGCAAAGACCUGGCUCCUGAGAUCGAGCGGCUCCUCCGGGCCUCCAACUCCUACAUCAAGAAGAAGGCAGCGUUGUGUGCCGUCCAUAUCGUGAGGAAGGUUCCAGAACUGGGAGAGCUCUUCACCCCUUCUGCUCGCUCCCUCCUGUCCGAGAAAAACCACGGAGUGCUCCAUGGUGCAGUCGUCCUCAUCACAGAGCUGUGUGAACGCAGCCCAGAGACCCUGACUCAGUUCCGGAAGGCAGUCCCAGAGCUGGUGCAGGUGAUGAAGGCCCUGGUGAUGUCUGGUUACUCCCCUGAGCACAACGUUGCUGGGAUCAGUGACCCCUUCCUGCAGGUGCGUAUAUUGAGGUUGCUGAGGAUCCUGGGAAGGAAUGAUGACAUGGCGAGUGACGCAAUGAACGACCUCCUGGCUCAGGUGGCGACGAACACAGACAGCAGUAAGACAGCGGGGAGCGCUGUGCUGUAUGAGACGGUCCUCACGAUCAUGGACAUCAAGUCUGAGAGCGGCCUGAGGGUCUUGGCUGUGAAUAUCCUUGGAAGAUUCCUGUUAAACAAUGACAGGAACAUUCGCUACAUCUCCAUGACUUCGCUGCAGAAGAUUGUGCAGACGGACCACAAUGCCGUGCAGCGUCAUCGUGGGACGAUCGUGGACUGUCUGAAGGACCAGGAUGCCUCCGUCAAACGGAGAGCGUUGGAGCUGUCCCUGGCUCUGGUCUCUGCGGUGAAUAUUCGCUCCCUGAUGAAGGAGCUGCUCCUCUUCCUCUCCUGCUGCCCGCUUGAGCUCCGAUCCCACACAGCCUCCGGGAUCUUCAAUGCUGCGGAGAGGUAUGCUCCGUCUCAGCGAUGGCACAUUGAUACCAUCCUGCAUGUCCUCACCACGGCAGGGGGCGAUGUGAGAGACGAGACGGUGCCCAAUCUGAUCCAGCUCAUUACCACGGCGACAGACCUCCACUGCUACACCGUACACAAGCUCUACAGGGCCCUGGUGACAGACAUCUCACAGCAGUCUCUGGUGCAGGUGGCCUGCUGGUGUAUUGGGGAGUACGGAGACCUCCUGCUGAGAGGAGAGUGUGAGGAGACUGAACCCGUACAGGUUACCGAGGAUGAUGUUCUGGAUGCCUUGGAGACGGUGCUUCAGUCUCACAUGUCGGCCCCGGCAACCAGAGGGUUCGCUCUCACGGCAACCAUGAAACUGAGCACCCGGAUCACAAACAACGUGGAUCGUAUCAGGAGUGUUGUCAGUAUCUAUGGCAGCUGCAUUGACGUGGAGCUCCAGCAGAGGGCAGUAGAGUACAACGCGCUCUUCAAGAAGUAUGACCACAUGAGGGCGGCUGUGCUGGAGAGGAUGCCGGUGAUUGACAAGAACUCCCCGGGACAUACCAACGGGGAGAUUGUGGGGGGGACUGUCAAAGGGCCGGACCAAACCAAAAUCAAGCUGGAGGAGGGGACGGAGGCACCACAAUCUGCCCCCCAGGUGUGUGAUCUCUUGGACCUGUUGGGGGGCUCUGAUGAGCCUCUGCAGCCCUCCCCAGCCCUGCCCCCCCCCUCAGCCCCCCCGUCCCUGAGCAGCAGUGCUGGGGGGGACCUGCUGGACCUGCUGGGGGGUCUGGCCCCACCCCCAGCGCCCUGUGUGAAGGUGUAUGAGCAGAACGGCGUGACUCUGACGCUGCAGUCAGACAGACAGACGGACACGGCCAUCACCGUCACCCUCAUCGCCUCAAACUCCUCCCACUGUGACAUCACCCAGUUCACGCUGCAAGCCGCGGUGCCCAAGAGUGUGCAGCUGCAGAUGAAAGCUCCCAGUAGUGAUGUCAUCCCUGCGGAUGGCCUGGGUCAGGUGACCCAGACGGUGCUUCUCAACAACCCCAACAAGGUGAGUCUGCGGAUGCGGGUUCGAGUCUCGUACUCGGUCCAGGGCUCCACCUUUCAGGACACUGUGCAGAUCGACUCCAUCCCCACUGCGGCGUGUGAGUGACAGCUGUCAAUCAUCCCGCCUGCCCUGCUGGUGUCCAUCGACCAAUCAAAUCAUUCCACUGCCCAGACUGGACUGACUGGCCCCGGUCAACCUGAACAACGCAGUCCAGUCAGCCGGCUCCUGAUCCAAAAUGGACACUCGUCAAUAAUGUGUGACAGCUGUCAAUCAGCGACACGGACCACUUGCUGCCGAACUGUCUGGAAAUCAACUCCAACAGGAAAUGAUCUCUUCUCAAGACAUUUUACAGACAGCCAAUCAUAAAACCUGUCAUUCCCCCCCGCCCCCAACCAUUCUCUCUCAUUGGCCAGCUCAGCCGCCAGGCAUCGAUAAACAGUGAACCGCUCUGAAGAAAUGAGCCAAUCGGGACAGAGUGGUUUUGUAAGGACUCCUGAGGAGGAAGAGCGGGUGUGUCUGGAAACGAGCAUCUCCAUGUGACACGAGAGCUGGGUCCCCAUUGGUCACUGAGCCACGGGACGCUCAAUCUCUCCUCUCCUCCCAAACAGCAGUGUUUUUUUCUUCCCUUUCUCUCUCUUUCCCCAUCGCACUACGGAGCACUAUCUGUCCCUCUCACUGGAGGCUGUAGAGCGGUUCAGGGGCAACUGUAUGGGUUCUGACAGAGGAUGAUGUAAUGCGUAGUGUUAGCACAAAGCUAAUGGCUAACAGCUCACUCUGUGCCAGCUUGGCGUUGGCUUGUGACCUCACUGCUAAGGCCAAAGCCGUGUCUGCGUCAGCCGACUGGCUUCCAAAAGCUCACUUAAACUGAGCACACCGGAUGAGAAAGUUGUUAAGUAGGUGAAAAGUUUCUCUAAAUGUUGUUUUGAAUAUGUACGUAUUUCUAGGGUUUCCCUGAGUGUGGAUAUCCCCGACACAACCGUGUCCUCAAAAUACGUAGUCUCUAUUACCAAACAUCCUGCUGAUCGCUCACUUACUGAACAUUCUCCUCCAGUGUCCUUGGUCUGCAUUCGGGAACACAUCGUGUACGAAGAUAUGCAAGCAGUACGUUUAGUACAGUACAGAUUUUGAGGACACAGUAGUUGGGAAGCUGUUUCAGACAUGGCCGUUCCUCUCUAGAUAAUGUUUUUAAAUUAGGACCGACCCUUCAGCUUGAAGUCAAGUUCAUUUUGGAGAGACACUAAUGCAUCCCGUAUUAGUGGAUGUGCGCCUAAAUAAUUUUCCCAGUUACGACACAUCAGUUUUCAGGAGAGAGUCCCUCUGCUGCUCAGGUUUCUGUGCAGAAACACCCUCCAGGACUGCAGUGUUUUCUACAGCUCUGUGUACACUCCUCAUACACUACAUGCACAACUGAAACUGAGGAGUGUGUGGAGAGCGCUCACUCCUCGUACUGUGUGGGGAAACGCACGACUUAACUGUGGCACAAAGUGUUUGGGGGAGGCAAUAUGUUGUGUUGAGAAUUAAUCCCUGCUGUGGUUGAUUUGUUUUGGUUUGGGUUGUUUUAUUUUUUUAAAUAAAAGUCGAUUGAAAAGA